UAAUUUGCUUUGGUGUGGUUCUUCAACUGGAAAAUGUUAGCAAAAACUAUUUAGCCUGUCUUUAGAAUGUUUUGAAGUUCUUUUUUUUUUUUUUUUGUUUUCUCGAAAGUAAUCGAACAAGCACAAAACCUCAUAUGCAUUUGGGCGGCCACCGGACGGACGGUAGCAGCCGGAAACGAUUUCCAUUUCUUUCACGGCUGCUCAGGUUUGUAUUUAUCGGGAAGCUGUCGCAGGUGAUGUAUAUAAGGGUUAAAAAGCUAUCAACAAGAUUGUUGAACAUAUGUGUAGCAUCUUUAUGCAAGGCCAAGCAAUUGGGGAAAGCUGAAGCAGUUAUUGUUGAUGGUGUAAGAUUGGGGAUACUUCCAGAUGUGGUCACUUACAAUACUUUGAUUGAUGCUUAUUGUCGGUUUGUCGGAUUAGAUGCAGCUUAUUCUAUACUUUAUAGAAUGAAAGAAGCUGGCAUAAGUCCAGAUGUUAUUACUUACAAUUCUUUGAUGGCUGGAGCCACAAGGAAAAGAUUAUUAAAACAGUCCUUGGACCUGUUUGACUAUAUGCUUCGGGAAGGUAUUUGUCCAGAUAUUUGGAGCUUUAAUAUUCGGAUGCAUUGUUUAUUUAAAUUAGGUAAACCAGAUGAAGCCUAUAAGAUUUUCCAUGAUAUUAUAAAUAGUCAUCUUUCUCCUCUUCCUUCUCAUCCUCCUCUUGCAGCGACAUUCAACAUCAUGAUUAAUGGUCUUUGUAAAAAUGGGUAUGUUGACAAUGCCUUUGGGUUGUUUAGGAAUGUAUGUCAUGCAUUUGUUCCCCGAUUGAUGACAUACAAUAUUCUUAUCGAUGGGCUUUGCAAGGCAGGCAGAUUGCAUACGGCAAGGGGAAUUAUCAAGGAGCUUCAGGAAUCAGGCCCCGAGCCGAAUGCCAUAACAUACAAUAUAAUGUUGAAAUUCUACUUUAGGUCCAAGCAAUAUGACCAAGGGCUUCAGCUCAUGUCAGAAAUAAGGAGCAAAGGAUUCACCUUUGAUGGUUUUGCAUAUUGCACUGUCAUGAGUGCUUUGAUUAAGACAGGUAGGAUUAAAGAGGCAAAUGCUUGUGCGGAGCAGAUGAUGAAUAAUGGCAUUGAACUUGAUUUAGUGUCUUAUAACACUUUAAUGUAUCUAUAUUGUAAAGAAUGUAACUUUGGCGCUGCUUUCAAGUUGUUGGAUGAGAUACAGAAAGGAGGUUUGGAAUGCGAUCAAUAUACGCACACAAUUUUAAUCAGUGGAUUGUGCAAGGCCGGUCAUAUUGUUGAGGCUCAACAACAUUUCAAUAAGAUGAAUAGCUUGGGCUUUUCAAACUUGGCUGCAUUGAACUGCUUGAUUGAUGGCUUGUGUAAACAUGGUCGGAUUGAUCAGGCAAUGGAAUUGUUUGAAGCAAUGGAGAUCAAGGAUUCUAUUACAUAUACCUCCUUGGUGCAUAAUCUUUGCAAGGCAAGAAGGUUUCUCUGUGCAUCCAAGCUCAUGUUAACUUGUUUUAGAGGUGGUAUGAGAGUACUAAGGUGUACACAACGGGCUGUCCUUGAUGGCCUUCGUAAUUCAGGGUUUAGAAAUGAAGCUAGAAAGCUUCAGUCAAAAAUCCAGUUGGCUCGGAUGUUAAAUUAAUGAUUUGGAUAUGGUUUAAGGUCUAAGGGAUGCAACUGACAUACUAUAAAGAUUCAUUCCACUAAGACUGGGGCCAUGGUCUUCAUCGUGUAAAGGCAUCCUGCUGUAAAUUUCAGUAGUUUGAGUUAAUGUCUUAUGGCACCAAAACACAAAUUACUACUGAUUAGUAGUUAUGCUGAAGCCGUGAAGUGGAAGGUUCAAGGUUUAUAAAUUUGUAUGAUUGUGAAUUCUCUAAUGUUCUUGAAAAGUACCAAAAAAGGAGAGAUGGAGGAUGUUGUUGGGAGUACGGUACUCAAAACUCUUUUUGAGAGGGAAAACUGUCUAUUACAGCUUAGUUCAAAUGCACUGGGAGUGAUCUUUACCAACAAGAGACACAACCAGGAGCACCACUUAAGAACCCUAAAUGGCACAUUGUGAUGAAGCAGAGGAAAUUAGAAGGUUUGCUUAGAAGGAAGUUAUUAUGCUAGUAAUAAAAUCUGAAAAGUGUGGUAUCCUGAUAAUCUUUCAUGUCAUUUUCUGGAAUGUCUCCCCAACCCAAAAAGACGAUGGUUCCAAUUCAACUAAGAGAUGAGAGGAUGGGCCCCAUUUUCUAGUCAAGUAUUAGUUAUUAGAUGAAAAUGUGCCAUAGUAUUAUCUCAUAGUGUAAUUACUCUCUUCUUUUACAUGAUCCAACUUUUGCAUGCUA